AUGGUGAUUCGAUUAGGCGGUAGAAGGGGCAGCCCUUGUGGCCCUGCGGUGAGGUUGGGCGGAUCAUCAUCAGCAGCAGCAGCCGCGUUUGGCUGGUCCAUUGCCCGAGCCGCCUUGCUUCUCGUCGCGUUCGGCGCGCCCGCUUGCCUGGGCGUCCUGCGCAGACUGGGAAGCACGAGCGACGCCAUCGUGGCGGCAGAUAUCGAGCCUGGGGGACCAUGCGACGCAGGAUGCGUUCGAACUGUGGUGAACGCGGAAGUCUAUGCGGCGGGAGAGGUCGACUGUGAGCUCCGUGUGGAGAACUUGCUCGAUCAUACGGACGAGGACGUGUUAGGGGGAUCGCUUAACGUGGUGCACUCCUGCACGAACGCCGCCGGGGACCUCUUGUAUCAGGACCAAGGCGAAUGCCUGUACAGCGUUUGCGUGACGGCGGAGUGGAAGGGGGAGCUGUUAACGUACACCGUCGUAGUGGAACACGCGGAGCCCUCCGCAGCGCACACUGUCCUAAUUGAGGUGUACAUGAACGAGUACGAGGACCUGCUAGAUAGACCCGACGUGACCGUCGUGUCGGAUUCAAGUGUUCUGUGUGAGCUGGGGACGAGCUGCGCGGACUCGAGCGCGUGUCCAUCUGGUUACUCCGAGCUAGUGAUAACCACGACAGAUGAGUACGGAGACGGCUGGGUCGGUGGCCUACCGGACCGCAGCAACACCUGGACGUUAACGGAUGCAUCAUCAUCCUCAGUCGUUGCUGAGGGAACCUUGCACGACUGGCACUUCUCCGGCAUGACCAAGCUUUGCCUCCAGGACGGCGACUACUCCUUCGAGACUACUGCGGACGCUGCUUGGAGCUCGGAGUCUGCUUGGAAUGUGUGCGAGGUGGACGGCGGGAUGGGAGGCAGCUUGGAUUUUGAGAUGAGCAACUCGGCAUGCAAUGUCUUGGACUCCUCUUCGAAAGACGGGCCACCCGCCACUGUCGCCGAGACCAGCUUGGGCGACUUUUGCGCCCUGCCAGCGGAUGAUCCGUGCGUGGACCUCGACGUUGGGGUGGCGGAAGUUAGGGGCCCCAGCGUGGGCAUGUACUACGACGAGUCUUGCCUGGAGGGGGGCGGGGGGGAUACGGGCUGCGGCGGGGGAGGGGUGACCGUGUGCCGGAUUUGUUUCGUCAACCGCGAGUUCUGGUUGGCCGAUUUUCCCGACGAGCGCUACCCGGAUUGGCUCGAUUGCCCUUGCUGCGUGGCGGAUGCCCUGGUGGUAACCUGCCAAGCAGGCGUCGAGACGGGCACCGCGUCCGACGAGUCUAUCGUGGAAAAAGCGGAGGCGUUUUACUGGGAAGGGGGUACGCUACUCUGUGCUAGCCUCGGCGGUCUGAUCGGCCUCGGCUUGAUCACGGCCCUUUGCUGCUGCCGGGACAUCCGAAAGACCAACCAGUUGGCGUUGUCGUACAAGCACUUCGGCGCGGCCGCCGUCACCCAAAACAACUACAAGGAGGAGGGGGACACGUCCCCCGACGUGUCGCCCCCAUCCGGCAAGGACGCCUCCGUCACCCCGCCCGCAUUCCCCGCGGACGACCGGGAGCGGGGCCUCCAAACCACCGCCGCCGCCGCCGGUGUGGAGACCCUCGCCGCCAAGAAGAAGCCAUCCCGGGCGGCUCCCAGGCCUACGGCGAGGAGGGAAAGAAGCGCGGACGCUCGUGGUCGUGCCGCGGAACCCCCCGAUGACUUCGACGGUGAGCUGCCGGGCGCCGCGGCGUACCAGCCCCCCAGCGACGCGUCCUGGCCGUCUGACCCCCGCGUCGGCGUGUCCGUGAGCGGCACGAAGAACCCGCGGUGGAGCGGCAGCCGGGAGCUGAACGCCUACCUCCGGAGGACGGGGUACGAGGAGAUGGACACCGAGGGCGGCGGCGGCGGCGGCGGCGGCGACAGCGGCGGCCGCGGCCACGGGGGAGGGAACGCCGUGGUGCAGGCCAUCAAGACCACGGGCAGCAUGCUGAGCGAGAAGAGCAAGAGCAGGAACAGUAACAAGUUCGCCAGGAUGGAAGAGGGCGCGGAACACGACGAGGCUGGCUACUCGCUCUCGAUGCAGGCCGUCGAAACGAUGGGAACGGAAGAGAUUCCGCUCGGCGAUCUCCCCGUGUCGCCAUCGCCGCCGCCGGCCGCCCAAAGAUCUAAAAUCCUGUCCAAGCCCAGGUCCAAGUCCAGGUCAAGGUCCAGAUCGCCCCGCAAGCGCAGGGGCAGCAAAUUAUCAUCCCACCGUCGCGGCGGCGGGGGUAGCAGCGGCAGCAGCGGUAAAACCAAUGGCUCCGGCUCGGCCCCGAUCGACGGCAGCCUUGGGGUGCCGUGGGAAUCGUCAUCGAAGUCCUCGCGGUUGUCGGGGAGGGGAAGGCCCAGUCGCGUCGCCCCCACGGACGAGGACUCUGGACCCGAUGAGUUCGGUACGUGCGACCCGUCGUUACUCGACAGGGUGGCUGGGGCGGAGCCCCCCGAACCCCUGACUCGGAAUGUUCCGAAGAACGUUCCUCGGUCUGGCGCAGAACCGUCGGAGGGAGGGCGGGACAAAUCGAGAGGCCGGGGUCUCGAUGAAAACGGCGGCGGGCGGAGCCGAAGCAGGAGCAAGGCGGCGGGUCUUCCGAAUGCGGCGUUGGAAGGGGAGAGGGCGCGACCCGACAAGGCGUCGCGGCGACAGCAAGAGGAGGAGAGGGAGAGGAAGAGGGCGGAGAGAUCCCGGGCGCUGAAGGAAGAGCAAGCGGAAGAGAGGAGGAGGGCCCGGGCACUAAAAGAGGAGGAGGAGAGAGAGAAGGAGAGAGCCGAGCGCAAGUGGGCCGAGAGGGCCCGAGCUCUAGAAGAAGAGCGGGCAGAAGAGAGCAGGAGGGCAGCCAAAGCGCUGGAGCGAGAGCAAGCAGAAGAGCGGCAACGACGCCAGCAGGAACGCGAGCGGCGCCGGGUGGAAGAGGAGCGGAAGCGAAGUGCCGAGCGAGAGCGUGCGCGAAGCGUGGGCAGCAGCGGCAGGUCCAAGGGCAACACCGCCGAGCGCGAGCCCUGCUCCUCCCGCAGGGACGACCGUCACCGGGACAAGAAGAAGAAGGCCAGCAACAAUACCACAGCUGCAUCGAAACAGCUGCAACCACCGAGCUACAAGGAAAGCGGGGGCCGAGAGCGCGGCAGACAACGCAGAGCCGAGGGCCCCACCGGCGCUCGCGGCAGGAGCACUCCAGCGGGAGACGGGGGCGUGCCUGAGCACCGCGAGACGGAGGCCGAGCGUCGCCGGCGCCGCUCCCGCGAAGACAAGGAACGGCGGCAGGCGGAGGCACCGCCGCCGCCACCGCCGCCCUUCCAAGAGCAGGAGGGGCGGCGCAGCAAGAAGGCCGACGACCGUGGCGGUAAGCACAGCGAGGGCUCCGGGGGAGGCACGGUGGAGCCAGCAGACGAGAGCAGCAAACGGAGGAGCCCAAGCCGAAGUCGCCCAGCAGCCGAGCCUGCGGCGGUGGCGGCAAAGACAACGACGUCCUCGACCAGGUUUAGCAACGACCCGCGCGCGAAGAAAGAGAGGGCCGAGAGGGCCAAGGAAAGGCGGCGGGCCGCCGGCAACGCCUAGAAAUUCGAUUUCCGGGGUGUGCCUU